AUGGAAUUGUUUAAAGGAUUUAGUGUCUCAAAUUUUCUAAACACCUUGCUUUGUUUCGUUCAUGCUGUGACGUCCACCACCACGGAUUCAACGCGAAUUGUUGGUGGUCAUGAUGUGCCGCCUGGCGAAUAUGUUCCCUAUCAGGUAUCGCUCCAGUAUUUUACGAAAAAAAAUAAGUACCAACACUUUUGCGGUGGUUCAAUAAUAUCACCUAAUCGCAUUCUCACAGCCGCCCAUUGUUGUAAAGAUUUCGAUGUGAAGCGGAUGACGGUGCUGGCUGGGGUGCGCGAUCUUAAUGACUCAGAAGGUGUACGAGUACAAGUUUCAUCCUAUGAUAUUCACGAUAACUACGAGGAGCUCGUCACCAGUGAUAUAGCGAUUCUGACACUUGAGGGACCACUGAAUUUGGAUGGAAUUCGAAUGUCAGCUAUUGAAGUGCGUGGUUCUGAUCUUGUGGAUGGGGGAGUACCUGUCACAUUGACUGGUUGGGGUCUGCGGCUGCCCAUUUCCUUACCUUUCCUGCCGCCGGAGUUGGAGAACAUAAAUUAUCCAACCAUAUUGCAAACAGUGAACUACCGCACCAUUACUAACCAGGAAUGCUUAUAUAGUGGAAUGGAGGAUCUCACAGAAACGGAAAUUUGCGCACGGGGCGCCAUAUUUACGGGUGCUUGUUCAGGCGACUCUGGUGGACCAUUGGUGAUGAAAACAAGCGCCGGAUUGCAUCAAGUAGGUAUUGUGUCUUAUGGGCUGUUUGUUUGCGGAGUCUUCACUGUCAUUCCGGAUGUGUACACUAGAGUAUCCAUAUUUGAUGACUGGAUACAAGCGCGUAUGCUUUAA